AUGACAAAUAAAAGAAAAUACAACAGCUCAGCAACGGACAUACUUGACACCAACGGAAUUUUGAUCUCAGAAUCAACAAAGAUUCUAGAAACAUGGAAGCAAUAUGUUGAAAACCUCUUUGCUUCAGACCGCCCUAAUAAUUACUCAAUUGAAAUCACCGAAAACAGUCCUUCCAUUCUCAAUUCAGAGGUAAAAAAAGCAAUAUGCUCCCUCAAGAAUAACAAAUCUCCAGGACCUGACAAUAUUCAUGCUGAAGUGCUAAAUCUUUGCGAAACGGACAACUCAUUCCUAGAAACCCUAACCACUCUGUUUAAUAAUAUAUACGACAGGUGCAGAAUUCCAGAAAAUUAG